UUUCCUGUUUAUGUUCUCAAAUGUUUUUAUAGGGAUUUUUUUUUCAAUUCAGCUGACCAGUCAUGUGACUCCGAAGAAUGUAAACCGAAUCACUUUCCGCUUCAACUUGUUUUCUCACUCCAGUCUGAGUCUUCUCAGUGGACACUGACAAAGUCAAGAAGAGCGUCUGUUGUGUUCAGCGUUCUGGACAAGCGGCGAAUGAUCCAUCGUUGAUUCAGAAUGCUCCGCCUGGUCAUAGUUUUGGGCCUAUUUGCCUGUGCGUUUGGGAAGGCAUUAAACUUACACGAUACUGAUGGAAACUACCGGGAACUGCUGCUGUCCCUCAACAAGCAGCUCCUUCACUCUCUGGAGACACAGGAAGGACUUCCCAACCCCAGCGUUCACUUAGCCCUGCGCCUCUCUAAUUAUCACAAUCAUGUAAAGGAAGACGAACACCUGAACAAACUGAAAAAUGAUUUGCACAAUGAAAUCCAAAGUUCUCUCAGGAACAACCAACCUGUAACUGGCCUCUUAGCUCUCUACAGUCUUGCCUUGAAGUCAUCCUGCUAUGAUCUCAACACAGUCGUGUUCAUGGUCACAGAGAAGUCGGAGACGCUGCUGGCUCAGCUGAAAAAGGUGAUGGAACAAGAGAAAGAACAUGUUGCGUUCAGCCAUCGCCCUUUGACCAAUUAUUACCAGUACAGUCUGGGUGUGCUCGCCCUUUGUGUGAACGGCAUCAGGGUCAACAACCAUGUCACCCACAAGCUCAUUAAAGCAGUGGAACAUGAGAACUUCAAACAUGGAGAUGUUGAGAGUAUUGAUACCUAUGCUGUGGCUGGAAUGGCCCUCCAGUGUGUGAAGGACUCUGGUUCCUACACUCAUAAUGCAGCUGAGAUCGACUUGGCUCUGAGCAAGAUAAAGCAUAAGCUUCUGGCUUCUCGCAGAACUGACGGGCACAUGGGCAAUGAGUUCAGUACUGGUCUUGCGGUUCAAGCACUGAUAGCGAUGGGAAGUGAGGAAUCCGAGUAUUCUAUUUCAAUGGCAGCCAUGAGGACAGCAGCCAGGAAUAAUAUUUACCAUAAUCCCAUGGCCAUAUCACAGACUCUACCUGCUCUCCAGAAGCAAUCCUACCUGAAGGUUAAAGGCAAAGAGUGCCUCAAUGAAGACAACACUUUAGUGCUGGACAUGACAGAUCCUGUUGUGCCUUUACCAAGUGACACCAAAGUGGCAGUGAUAGUGGAGGUGGUGAUGUCCAGUGGAGCAGCAGCUGCUUAUCAGGUGGACGUGCCAAAGGGCAGCUCCCUGCUAGAGGCUCUCGACCUGCUUCAGAUGAGAAAUGUUGGCUUCACGUUUGAGAAAGAGUCCAGCCUGUGGGGUCCUUACCUAAGCAUGGUGAAUGGGGAGCAGGCGCGACAGAGUGACCGCAGAUACUGGCAUCUUUCCUCUGAUGGCACCUCACUCACAGAAGGUGUAAGUGACUUCAAGAUUCAAGCGACCCAAACAAUCACCAUCAAGAAUACAACUUACUGACAUUGCAAAGUGACUAUAACGUAUUACAGGCAAUUCAGUUUAGAAUUUUUCAAUCGAUUACAAAAAGAUGUCCAUUGUCAUUUCUAAUCAGUCUUCAAAAAAUGUUUUUAUGCAAAGUAGGCAUGUACAAAGGCAUUUGAAUUGUAUUUCCAUAAAUACUGUCGUGCACAUAUUCCAUAUCUAAAUUGUUUUCUAAUCAGUGCAAGGUUUUGAUUAAAAUGUGGUUGAAAAUUGUAGCAAU